CUACUCUAGUGAGUUCCGCGUUUGACUUCAUCUGCACUAGUAUGGCAUAUAACAGUAGUUGACUAUUGCACCCUCAACAUACCAUUUUUAAAAAAUAUUAUUCUUAUUAAUUCGAUACAGAGGUUAUACUCUGUGCAGCUGGGCGCCUAUUUUGAUAGCAUCACUGAUCAUGGACACCUCUUCAGCAGCUGGAGUUCUUCAUCCCUACUGGCCACGGGACCUCCUGAUUCCCACCUAUGUUGCCAAUGACCGCUCUAUGUCAGAGAUCCUGGUGUUUCUGUUUUCUGUGUCCGGGGUGUUUCUGCUCGUGACCUGGCUGAUCACCGGCCGGAGAGGGGCCACCGGCAGGCUGGGGACAUGGAGGCGUCUAGCUGUGUGCUGGUUUGCUGUCUGUGGUUUCAUCCAUGGUGUCAUUGAGGGCUGGUUCUCACUGUACUAUGAUAUUAUUCCAGGAGACCAGAGCUUCCUGUCACAGCUGUGGAAAGAAUACUCGAAAGGAGACAGUCGAUACGUAAUAGCUGAUAACUUCACUGUCUGUAUGGAGACUGUUACUGCCUGGUUAUGGGGACCAUUCAGCUUUUGGGCUGUGUUUGCCUUCCUAACCAACAAGCCCUACAGAUUUGUUCUGCAGCUCAUCAUUUCAUUAGGUCAGCUGUAUGGAGCGGUGCUUUACUUCUUCACAGAGCACAGAGAUGGCUACGCUCACAGCGAGCUGGGACAUCCAAUCUAUUUCUGGUUCUACUUUGUGUUCAUGAAUGUGCUGUGGAUCGUCAUACCAUUGGCGCUCAUCGUGGAUGCUUGGAGACAGAUGUCAACAGCACAGGCACACGCAGACAUUACAGAGUCACACAAGUCCAAGAGGAACUGAGUGGCGACGAGCAGAACUGACUGUGGGACUGUGGGACGUUGACUGUAGGGAGAGCAUACAUACAUUUUGUAUUGAAGAGAAACAAGAUGAGGCAAAAGGAAUGUUUACUUUUUUGAGGUCGGACGUGCCUUAUCUAAGGUUCGUCGCGCUGUACCUGUUGCAUUGCAUUUUAAAUUUGAAUACCAACAACUGUCUGUGAACUGCGAAUUUCAUUUUGAAGUGCAACUUGUUCCUUGUGCAUAUGAUAAUAAAGCUUCAAAUUUUGUUCUGGUUUGGUGCAGCCACAAGGAAAGGAGCAAAAUAAAUCAUCUCUUUUUUUUUUCCUCA